AUGGGUCUGACGCAACUCAUCAUUCUUAGCCUGAUCCAGGUCAGCUGGGCUACAGCUCUGCCCACCGGACAACAAACCUCUUCAACACCCCUUCUCUGCUCCACCGAUUCUCGCCAGAUUGCAGUGAAUGCAAGCAACAACGCCACAUGGCCAUGGCAGACGUACAGGUCAAGUACCGCGCAGCCUCCAGCCCUACUUAUAAACAAAACCGGUGAUCCAUUGUACGAUGGUCUGAUUAUUUUCGCUACGGAGAACGGCGGCACCCCGGCAGCAGAGCAGGAAUCACCAUACAUCUUCAACGACGAGGGAGAAUUAGUCUGGAGUGGUCCAGUCGACAUUACAUACAACGUGCGAAUACAGACUCUGAACAGUGCACCUGUAUUGACAUACUGGUCGGGACAGGGUACUGCUGGGGAGGCUGCGAUCGCAGGCCACGGCUAUGGGAAAUUUAUCAUCCUCGACACUAGCUACAACGUUAUACACACAGUCUCCACUAACCUGAAUAUCACCCUCCCUCCUGGCGUGGUGACUAAAUCAGCUCUCGACCUUCACGAGUCGUACAUCACACCCCGGAAUACAUUACUAGUGUCGGCAUAUAAUACCACACCUGCUGACCUGUCGAGUAUUGGUGGACCCAAGAACGGCUGGGUUCUGGACUCUCUCGCCGUUGAGCUAAACAUCACCACGGGUGAAGUCCUCUUCUCUUGGAGCUCACUCGAUCACUUGCCCUUGAAUAAAAGUAAGGAACCUCUGGGGCACUCCGGGUCUAAUGCUACUGCGCCUUAUGACUUCUUCCACAUCAACGCCAUUCAGCCGGUUGGAGACAAUUAUCUAAUCAAUAGUCGACACUACUGGGCCAGCUUCCUAGUAAAUCCCAAAGGCAAGGUCCUCUGGGAGCUAAAUGGGUACGACGGUGGGGAUUUUGGCAACUUACCUGAGGGCGGAACUUUUUCAUGGCAACAUUUUGCUCGCCUGCAAGAGAUAAACUCGUCCGCAGCUCUUAUCCAUUGGUUUGCAAACAAUAACGCCUUGGCUUUGGACGCGCCCAUACCCAGCACAGGUCUCACGUUGCAGGUGACGAUCCCACCCAACAAAGCCUCACCUCCCAAGCUGAUCACCAACUUCACAAAUCCACAAAAUCCGGUAGCUGCGUACUCACAGGGCAGCUUCUCAUACUUGCCCAACGGCAACGGCUUCUUGGCCUAUGGCUCCAAUGCUGUCCUGGCUGAGUACGGCCCAGUUAGUGAAACCAACAGCACAGAGGGCCAAGUGCGCUGGUCAGCCCAAUUAGGCUAUGGCGAGUCACUAUCAGUUUAUCGCGGGUAUAAAUCAGUCUGGCACGCCACUCCCUCUACGGAGCCGAGCCUGGUAGUGCUAUCAGCUAAAGACGUGCAAAACGAUGACCUUGCCCUAUGCGCUGGUACGUCUACCAUGAGGGGCUUCGUGAGUUGGAACGGAGCCACGGACGUGACUGACUGGAUUGUCUACACCGGCUCAAACAACACGACGCUAACAGCGGUCGGUCGAGUUAACAAGGCAGGCUUCGAAACCCAGUUCGCCAUCCCGGCAGGUGCAGCUUUUGUACAAAUUGGAGCAGUUGAGAACAACAGCAAUUUUGUUGCCAGGAGAUCUAGUAUUGUGAAGAUUGGAGGUUCUUCCUGA